CGUCAGCCGAACCUGAAACGCAACAACAAACAUGUGUGCGUUGUGACGAUAAAGUUAAUAAUUUGGAUUCGGAUCUUGUGCUGCCAUAGUAAUAUUUGCUGUUACAAAUUUGGAUAUAUUAUUUCGAUUCUAACACGACAUAAACAAAAAAAUGCUGCCGUACCUGCUAUUAAGCAAAAUUGCCCCUGAUUUGUUUCCGUACUUAUUGUCAGCGCGUCGGAUUCUACAGUGGUUACGUCACAUGUAUAAUGAUUACUAUGACAGCACAAGAUCCGAAUCCAAAUUAUUAACUUUAUCGAUAUGAUGUUGGACUUUUAGGGUUGAUGAACUUUGCUCCGAGUAAAUUUAUUUCAAAAAGUGUUUAAUAGUAAAUUAAAGGAUUUUAUAGGGGAGUAUCCUAAAUGGAUUAAAUCCCGUUUAUAAACAAUGAUUGAUCAGUAAGUGAAAAUGAACAAUUCUGAUUUUUGAAUUUAACAUGCGUUUAAUUAAUAAUUAACUUCAUUUUAGUCACAAAAGAUUAGUGUAACUGGCAAUUUAGAUUACCCGUGUAUACACAUUUACAACAUGCUUAAACUAUACACGGAUAUAUAAAUGUAUGAGGAAAAUGUUUUUAUUUUUGGUUAGAAUAAGUGCUUAACAUGUUUGAAAUGUUUAACAAUUCCUGCGCGCCAAGUGGCAGCGAGUCUGCCAUUAAUAUAAAAUAUUUCUAAAAGUGUAUUAUCAUCAUUUGGAGUAAACACAUUCGGUCCGGAUAAACAACAAGCAGAAAGUAGUAAAAAUUUACAGUGAGUUAAAUGUUUUGCCACUGAAUUAUCAAACGAACUGAUAUUUAAUGAAAGACAACCCUUUUAAAUUGUGAACAAUUUUGUGGAUACGUACAUGUGCCUGCAUGAAUUACGGUAUUUUAAGUACUAAUCAAGGGCGACCUGCAAAAAUUACUUUCUUGUUACAAAUGAUUUCAAAUAUUCAUGUUGUAAAAUGGUGAAGAAGGAAAAUAUACCAUAGUGUCUAUUAAAAGAUUUUAAAUGUAAGCACUGACUAAAGUGUAAUUGCGAUUAAGAUCCAAUUUAUAAUCUUUAUGGAAACCAGCCAUCUUUAUUAAUUGCAUCGCUAUGUGAAAUAUGUUAAUUAUUACAAUAUGCAACAAAGUAUAUAAAGUUUCACCGAAAUGAGAAGAGUUUUUUUGUUUCAUUUAAAUGCAUGGACAUUUACGGUAUGACAAAUUAUAACAUAAUACAUUUCUUGCAUCGUGUUAAUCUACUUUUACAACAGAAGAUUAAUUUCAAAUAGGUACGGGUUAUUAUGCAAGAGGAUUUGUCCUAAACAUGCAAAUACAUCUUAUUUAUGGGGUUUUAAGUUACGCCGAAACCGUAAAGAUAAUAUUUGCGACUGUCUAGGUUUACUGGUGCAGGAAGACAUUACGAGCAGGAACACGAGUGCAACAAGCACGUAUCUUCAUGAAAAGUCCCUGGCGGUAUUCGAACCCUUAUCAGUUAUGGACUCUAUUAUUGUGAUAUUUUAUUGUGUAAUUUGUGGAUUUGAAAACGUUUCUUUUCAUUAACCGCCUCCGUGGUCGAGGGGUUAGAAUCGAUGACAUCUAAUCCAGUUACCUCUCUGGUGUGGGUUCGAUCCCCGGGAGAUGCUUUGGCAGUUUAGCGCGGAGGAAGGUAGUCUAGUACUAUAUAACUGAAAUACUGUUGGGAAAAGGCGUAAAAUGAAACAAACAAACAAAAACAAAACUUAAAUUUGUCAAGUUUUAAUUGCUUAAAUUGUGAUGCAUGGUGUCACAUCAACAAUGGCAUAUUUGACAAUUAUGAUAUCUCCCUUACUACAUAACUUUUAUAAAUUUGAGAAAAGUUUCAAUCUCGGAGCCUUAAAGUAAGAAAAUUGUUUUACACAUAUGAAUACUCGAUAAUGUUGUUGAAGGAAACGUCAGGAUUUCUACUAGUACUUUUCGCUGAUAUGGUAUUUUCUAAAUGUUCUGUUGGCUGCCAAUCAUGUUCUAGGUCAACUUGCACAAGUUGCGAACCAGCUUACUUUUUAUCAAAUGGCUUUUGUUCACCAUGCCCCGAAAAUUGUCAAAGCUGUAACAGUUGGGAUGACUGUACGUUAUGUAAGCCGAAAACGUAUGGUUUGCACGAAAGAUGUUCUUUCAACUGUCAUGGUAAUUGUCUAAAUACUGAAUGUCAAGAUGAUACGGGAUAUUGUAUACAAUGUAAGCCUGGUUUCUAUGGACAUCAAUGUCAACACAAUUGUAGUUUAUGUGAAAAUGAACGUUGUGAUUUACGUAUCUGCUCGAGUGGUUGUACAACUGGAUAUUAUGAGUAUAAAACCGGUAUCGAUACAAUGUGUCAAAAUUGUCCGACAAAUUGUAAACAUUGUAAGGAUGGUAAAACAUGUUAUAUUUGCAAUUAUGGUUUUUACCUCUAUAAGUUUUAUGGCAAUGUUUACUGUGUGCAAUGUCCGGACUGUGUUAUUCAAGGUUGUAACCAGUGUCAAAUACACAAUGGUUCGUUAGUCUGUGCUGAUUGUCCAGAGGGACAGAUAUUCAAUGGUGAGACAUGCGGAUCACACACAUUAUUGUGUAAAGGUAAUUUUUACUCAACCAAUUGCAGUUUAGCCUGCAACCCGGCAUGCAUGGUAACAAGUGGUAAACAUACAUGUGAACAUGCAGACGGAUAUUGUUUAAACGGAUGUAAACAAGCAUUUUGGGGCAAUACCUGUGAUAAAUCUUGUCCUAGUGGAUGUAAAGACCUUAAAUGUGAUAGAAACAUCGGUACAUGUACAGAUGGAUGUAAGAAUGGGCUGACCGGAGAUAAAUGUACUGAAGCCAUUUCAAUCGAUGGACAAGAAACACCAGAAACAACAACAAAGUCAGCCGGAAUUGUAACACAACAACAAACAUUUGUGCGAUGUGACGAUAAAGCUAAUGAUUUUACCAUUGGUUAUUUCUCUGGAUUCGGAUCUUGUGCUGCCAUAGUAGUAUUUGCUCUAUUGUUUUACCUUAUAAGACGAAGGUAUCUUGCAAGUAAAACGCCUAAAGAUAACAGACGUAACGUUGAGAUUCCAACAUACUAUAACACUAGAACUGAUUUCGGCGCUGUAAAUACUGAGUCAGCUGAAGUGACUAAUAAUUACGAGAGUUUGAGUAAUAACAGGACCACGGAUAAUGUAUACAAUGAUCUCAGAACAACAUUGUCAUAGAUGUAAGAGAAAUUGGAGAGUUGUAGUGGUUAACUAGUGAAAACAACAGAAUGAAUUGUUACUGUAUUUGUUGUUCCUGUGGUGAUUGAUGCAUAUUAUAACUAUCCUUACCUAAUCACUUUGAAAACGUCUUAUAUUCAUAAUAAGCUUGUUGUAAGGGAUGAAACUCUAUUUAGUUCUAGCAAUAUUUUAACAUGUAAAAUACGACUAAAGUGUUUUUGAAAAUUAAUUUACCUUCAAGUUGUUAUUGUUUAUAAACGUAUUUUCUCGAAUAUUGCAAUUCUGUAUUUGCAAAUGGCUUGGGAUUAAAUUUUCAAAAUACCUACCUUCCCAUGUGAUAACUCUAAUCGAUAUGUUUAGUUCAGAACACAAAUAUAAUUGAAAUGUAAACUUUACUACAGUAUGGUAAAAGUAAGAAACCAGCAAAAUGUUCAAUUCUUUCAUCUUUAUUUAAUCAUACUUCCUAAAUUCUUUCAAUUAAAGAAUGUGUAAUUUAGUUAACGUUACUAGUUGAGUUCGCUGAACAAUAUACGUUUGUAUUAUUUCAGUAUUGUGUGACACAGAUAUAGCAUGUAUAAUGGUUACAGUAUCCUUAAAUUUGUUUGACGUCUGUGUUUUCAUAUUAAUGUUACGGGCAAUGCCAUUUUACUAAACUAAGAAAAGAUUAAUUUAUUAUUGAAGCAUAGAAAGCGUGGCAUAAACUAUAUAAAAACAUAAGCAAUUUAUAUAUCAUUGUGCUAGUUUAAUUUCAAUAUAAAAUGUAUACUUAUA